AUGUUGAUACAUAAACAUGUUUAUACUACUUGUACACUCUCGAUCGUCGAACGGAGGAAGGACUUGACUGCCUCCAAGGCAUUCGAUCAACUAAUCGAUUAUCUCGAGAAAUCUCCUACCGACUUGGACCCAGCCUUCAGGAGAUCUACCAUCAGGGUCAUCAUCUUGGAUCUCGACGCCCAUCUCUCUGGUCGGACGGAUUGGUCAACUGAGACCACCUUACGCGCACUCGUGACCCUCAAAUUCCUCGGCCGUUCCUCAAUCGCCACCGAUGAUCUCGUCUCCCAUCUACCACUCUUUACCCGUUAUGCAAAUCUACUCCCACCACUCUCACCUCAAUCAGACGAUCCAAAAUCGACUACCAUCCGAUCUGCCUUCAGCCCUCCGAUCGUCCAAGAAUCAUUGCGGAUCCUUGCGAACGCCCUCUUCUUACACCCGCUCUCCAGGUCUUCCCUCGAUCUCUUACCCGCCUUGAGUCCCUUGGUCGAACUCGCCGCGGGUCCAUCCGAUAGAUCUCCAAAUCCCGGUCCUCAACAGAAUCCCAUCCCAUUCCUGGCUUCCAGGCUUAUCUUCCUCAUCACCGCCGUCCCCUCCAUCCUGGUGGUCGAGGUGAUCGAAAAAACUGAGCUGAUCAGCUGCUUCGAACGAUCCUUCAAGCACCAACUCCUCAAUAGGAGCCAGUCUCAAGAAGCAGUUUCUCAUCCAUCAUCGAUCCCUCAGGAUGUGCUCAUCGAACACCUCAAGAUCAUCUUCAACCUCAUGGUCCAUUACCCUAAAUCGGUCUUACAGUUCGGCCAGCCCACCUCGCCUACCAUCGGUCAAUCCCCAUUCACCUCCUCUUCAGACUCCAAUGGUUCAAACGACCCACCAGUCUCUCCUAGUCGUCGGGCGAGUCUCAAGACGCGUCUUAUGAAUCAGAUUAGUAUCAAGAAGAUCACCCGUCGAACACGAUCAGAAGCUUCGAAUAUCAAGGAACAAGAACCCCUCGAUCAGAUAUCGACAUACCAGGAUGACCAUCGUCCCAGCCAUUCGAAAAAUUCACGUUCUCCUCAUAACCGCUCUCAUUCAAAAACCAGUAGUCGGGUACCCAGCGUAGAUCAGGACGUAGAAGGUUUGGAUAACGUCAUCGACCCACACAACCACGUUUUUGCUGGACUUCUCCCUCAUCUCGUUCACUUAUUCCUCCUGGAGCCGAUCCCCAACCCACCCAACCUGAAGCCUCCAUUGACUUCCUUCAUGCACACCUUCCUUAACUUUCUACCCUUUACCUCGAGCUUCUUCAUCCAUGAAUACACCUUACCAAACGAUUCAAAUUGGGAUCCGAAUAUCCCACCGGUGAUCGCUAAACUGGUUAAUCUCAUCGAUCAGGUCACUUGUUACUACUGCCCUGGAGAUCCUGAUGAUCGAUCUGCCAAGGCAAAAUGUCAUGCAGACUCCAUCGACCUCGAGGUCGAUCUAACCCAGAUUGUUCUCUUGACGGCCAACCUCAUCUCACCCCAUACUUCCCCUCACCCUUCGACGCCUAUUGGACUAAGCAAAAAGAGUCGUGAAGCGCUCAUUGAAAGGGUCGUUCCAAGUAACAUCGAUCGUAGUGUUGCUUUGAAUAAACAGGAUAAUCUGAUUGGCCGCAUUCUGAGAUUGAUGAACUCAGUAGGAUUCGAAUCCCUCAAACAUACUUGUGGGGCCUUUUUAAAUGCAUUAUAUGCGGAGGACACCGAUCGUCUUUCUAGUCAAGUUGGAUAUGGACCGAUCGCAGGCUACUUGCUAUCGAUCGGUAAGGCAGGAUUGAAUCCGGAUAGCAAGCAUUCACCGGCGGCCGAGAUUAAUCCGAUCACGGGCACGUACUGGCCGAGUGGCGAGUCGAGCGAGUCGGCUCAGUCGCCGAUGACUGAGUUUGAGAAGGAGCAGGAAGCCGAACGGAUGUGUUCGCUGUUCGACCGGAUGAAUAGGAGCGGUAUCAUCUCCGCAACUGAUCCGAGGAAACUGGCAGUCGAAUCGGGCAGGUUUCAGGAGAUCGAACAGUCGGUUGAUGCCGAAGAAGAUGAAGAAGAAAAACUCGAGGAGAUGAAAGCUCUAAGAGAACUUGAACUAUAUAAAGAGAGAAAAAAUAAGAAGAACGUCGAUCACUAAAUAAGCGGUCUGAAUUCGUUUACCCAUUGUUUAUUUUUAUGAUCGUUGUUGAGAGAAACUGAUUGAGCCUUGAAGGAUUACAUACUCAAUUUCCUACUGAUUACAGUCACCUGAAAUCCCUCAUCUUUCUAUUGCCCCUUUCCCCCACACCAUUCCGCCGGACGCUAAGUGCUUCGAUCGAUCAUGUAACCUUUUUUCCCCCUUCAAUCCUUAGCAAGUUUUGGUCCACGUCUCUCUUUCAUGUGUACACAAUUGUCUUGUGGUGAUAUCUCCCCUUUUAGUAUCAGUAGCUGUGUCCAAGUUUGAACUAGAUUCCGUUGAGCGGCUCAUGCUUUCUCCUCUGUCCCCCCUCUCUCUCCCUCUCCCUCCCUCUCUCUCUCUGUUCUCUUUGCACGACCAAAUUAUAUGUGUUGUAUGUACCGUUGUUGAUUGGACCAGAUAAGGAAGGAAGAACACUCUAAAUUUUGGGUCUCAAUACAUAUGAAGUUGACGGGCUCAGAUAAGAGUGCUGAAUAGAAACAGGCUGC